AUGCUGAUAAGGCACAGUGCGGAGAAGGCUUUCUGGAGGAAGAGCACGGCAGACUUUUACACGCAGUGUCUGAAGGACGCACUCAACUGUCCUCCAGACGACGACCUGCUUCUCACGCGAGUCAGAGGAAUAAAGGCGCGACUACUCAAUAUCAGGCGUCAACAGAUGAAAGGCGUCGUCGUCCGCAGCCAGACACACGGCCCCGCUGAAGAUGAACCUGCCACUCUGCACCACCUGCAUAGAGAGAGGGAGAGGGCACAAAACAGAACUAUAAGGGAGCUUAGCGACGCAACUGGCCGCAAGAUAACAACUAGGAGGGACAUGAUGCGUCACAUAGAAGUGCACUUCUCUGAACUCUUCAAGAGCGAUGUGCCAGACGACGCAGAAACAGCAAAAAUACUAGAAGGAACGCGCAGACGGGUGAACGACACCGAUCGCGCUCUGCUGACGGAGGCCGUGUCAGAGGAUGAAACGGAGAGCCAGUGCUCGUGCUCGGAGCGCGCGCAGGAGAGCGCCCGCCUGACGGCGCAGGACGACGACGGCUCGCCGGGCGACGAGGACGCGCUCAGUUUCUGCGAGUACCACGACGUGCCGCCCCCGCCCGACGGCGGCUACGGCUGGGUCAUCGUCUUCGCCUCCUUCAUGUGCAACAUGAUCGUCGACGGCAUCGCCUACACGUUCGGCAUCUUCCUGGGCGAGUUCGUGAACUACUACGGGGAGGGCAAGGGCAAGACGGCGUGGGUCGGCUCGCUGCUCUCCGGCAUGUACCUCAGCGCCGGGCCGGUGGUGAGCGCGCUGACCAACAAGUACGGGUGUCGCGCCGUCUGCAUCGCGGGCAGCAUCAUCGGCUGCGCCGCCUUCGUGCUCAGCAUCUUCUCGCCCAACGUCAACGUCCUCAUGCUCACGUACGGAGUCAUGGGUGGCAUUGGAUUUGGACUGAUCUACCUGCCAGCGGUAGUAUGCGUCGGAUACUACUUUGAGACCAAACGGUCGCUGGCUACUGGAAUUGCAGUGUGCGGCUCUGGUUUCGGCACAUUUGCAUUUGCGCCAGUUGCUACGAUACUGCUAGAAACCUUCGGCUGGAAAGGUUCUAACCUCGUACUCGCUGGAGUUAUUCUUAAUUGUGCCGUGUUCGGUGCUAUGAUGAGGUCUCUGGAAUACCAGAAGGUGCCGAGCUGCAAGCCGCUGCUGCAGCGGAUGGCCGAAGAGAAGCGCUUCCAGAUGGAGCGCGGCUCAAUCGGCGGCUCGUACUUCAUGGUGAUGCUGCCGGACGGCACGAUGGAGCGCCGCCUCAAGAUGCCCAUCAACAUCGACCCCGGCGUGCACUCCAGCUUCAACCUGGACCAGCUGGCGGCGGCGGCGGGCGGCGGCGUGGUGACGGGCGGCGCGACGCCGCUGACGCCGGUGCCCACGGUGCCGACGCUGCCCACCAUCUCGGAGGUGAAGGCGCCCGAGCAGAGCGGCUCGAGCGGCGCGUCGAGCGCGGGCAGCGGCGAGCUGCGGCGCCGCCAGGCCGACGAGGCGUCGCCCGACCGCGACCAGAAGGCGGUGCGCGACGACGCGCGGCCCGCCAUCCCGCGCAACGCGUCGCAGCCCGCCUUCACCACGCACGUCCAGGGGCUGCCCAAAAACGGCUCCGUGCCCUUCUUCGACCGCAUCCGCAAGACGAGCGCCGGCGAGCGGUACAGGCCCACCCUGGGCGCCAUCAAGGUCUCCAGAGGAAACGUCAGCUCCAACGGGGACAUACGAAAGUCUUUACAUCUCCGCCUCUCCAACUCGUCCGUCGUGGCUGGCUCUCGCAACAACAACUGCGAGGAAAUGUGGUCCAAGACGGACAUAGGAGAAAAUGAGAGCAUAUGCUUUACAACAUCGAAAUCAAGCAUUCCCCGAGAAAAACGUGAAAUAGUGAGGCCACUGUCUCGAAAGGAUAUAUUCUACUCAGGUUCUGUAAUAAAUCUUCCUGAAUACAAGAGUCAGAAAUCAUUAACAAGCUACAGGCAAAGCGUAAUUUCACUGCCCAAAUAUCCUCAGGAUCAAUUAGACAUCGAGGGAGAGGGAGGAGGAAGAUGCCCAUGCUCACAGUAUUGUCCUGAAUCAUUUAGAUCAAUUUUGGGGACGAUGAUGGACAUGUCUUUGCUCAAAGAUCCCGUGUUUAUGCUCAUUAGCGUCAGCAAUUUGUUUGGCAUGAUGGGACUGUAUGUACCAUUUGUGUACCUGGUUGAUGCUGCAAUUCUUGAUGGAACUGAUUCCAACUCAGCAUCAUUUCUUUUGUCAAUUAUUGGUAUUACUAACACCGUGGGGAGAGUGGCAUGUGGCUAUCUAGCUGAUUUUCCUUGGAUGGACUCUUUGCUGCUGAAUAAUAUUUGCCUUGUUGUAUGCACAUUUGCUGUUGCUGCCACACCUUUCUGUCAUACCUAUGCAGCAUAUGUUGCAAUGGCAAUAUUUUUUGGUCUUGCUGUCUCUGGCUACAUAUCUCUCACAUCCAUCAUCCUUGUUGAUCUUCUGGGGCUUGAUAAGCUCACAAACGCUUUUGGCCUUUUGAUUUUGUUCAGAGGUGGUGCAGCAAUUGUAGGGUCACCACUAGCAGGAGCUGUAUAUGAUGCAACCAAGAGCUAUGCCAUACCUUUCUACAUGGCCACUGCAUUCUUCCUUGUCUCAGCAGUGACCAGCUUCCUGGCACCAUCACUGAAACGCUGCCUAGCAUCACCUACUGCUCCACCUAUCCCUGAUGCACUUACUCCAAUUAAUGAGGAUGUGGAAGAAUAAAAUGAGUCAGAUGUUGUGCCAGAAAUUAUUGAGACUGCUCCUUCUCCAUCAGAAAUAAAACAAAUUGAGUCAGUAUUGUGAAAAGACAUUUAGUUUCCAAUGUCACCAAAGAUAAUAUUCACCUUAGUGAACAAUUUAUAUGCACAACUUAUAAUAUUUGUUGACUGACUGGACAGCACUCAAAAGAGGUCAUGAAGUGAAAGUUUUACAUGUAUAUCAAAUAGGCUAUUACAGUAUUUAACGAACACCACAUAUAGCGGGUCUUUAUACAUUUUUAUCCUAUUUUUCAAAAAGUUGCC